AACUACAGCUCCCAGCAUGCCCCGCGUCCCGGAAGCCCCGCCCACACGCCCAGUGCAUUGUGGAGGAUGAGUCAGGUCUGGGGGCACCCAGACUUGGGCAGGCGGGACUCGAAAGCUAGGUCAGCGCCGUAGGCAACGGCAACCAGAGAACUCGGAGAUGCAGGCGGCUCGGAUAGCUCCUGGCGCGGGGCGGCAGCUGCUGCUGAGGCUGGGGAACGGAAGCUCGCGGCCCAGUGCGUUUCUGGGGCAGCCCAGGCUUUGUACUGCCCGACGACCCUUUGCCAGUGGGGCCGCUCAGGCAGUUCGGGACAAGUCAGAUUCUCUCUCUGAUGCUUCGACCAGGGAAAAACCAGCCAAUGCGGAAUCUAAGUCCUUUGCUGUGGGGAUGUUCAAGGGCCAACUCAUCACGGAUCAAGUGUUCCCAUACCCAUCCGUGCUGGACGAGGACCAGAUACAGUUUCUCAAAGAGCUUGUUGGGCCUGUGUCCCGUUUCUUUGAGGAGGUGAAUGAUCCUGCUAAGAAUGACACUCUGGAAAUGGUGGAAGAAACCACUUUGCAAGGCCUCAAGGAGCUGGGGGCUUUUGGUCUACAAGUGCCCAGUGACCUGGGUGGUGUAGGCCUCUGCAACACCCAGUAUACCCGCUUGGUGGAGAUCGUGGGCAUGCACGACCUUGGUGUGGGCAUUACUUUGGGAGCCCAUCAGAGCAUCGGUUUCAAAGGCAUCCUGCUCUUUGGCACAAAGGCCCAGAGAGAAAAAUACCUCCCCAAACUGGCAUCUGGGGAGACUUUGGCCGCUUUCUGUCUAACGGAGCCCUCAAGUGGGUCAGAUGCUGCCUCAAUCCGAAGUUCUGCUGUCCCCAGCUCCUGUGGAAAAUAUUAUACCCUCAAUGGAACCAAGAUUUGGAUCAGUAAUGGGGGCCUGGCAGACAUCUUCACAGUUUUUGCCAAGACACCAGUUACAGAUGCUGCCACGGGGACUGUGAAGGAGAAAAUCACAGCUUUUGUGGUAGAGAAGAGCUUUGGGGGUGUUACCCAUGGGCCCCCCGAGAAGAAAAUGGGCAUCAAGGCCUCAAACACAGCAAGUGUGUUCUUUGAUGGAGUACGGGUGCCAGCAGAGAACGUGCUAGGUGAGGUCGGGGGCGGUUUCAAGGUUGCCAUGCAUAUCCUCAACAAUGGAAGGUUUGGCAUGGCUGCGGCCCUUGGAGGCACCAUGAGAAGCAUCAUUGCCAAGGCUGUAGAUCAUGCUGCUAAUCGUACCCAGUUCAGGGAGAAAAUUCACAACUUUGGGCUGAUCCAGGAGAAGCUGGCCCGGAUGGCUAUGCUACAGUAUGUGACUGAGUCAAUGGCUUACAUGGUCAGUGCCAACAUGGACCAAGGAUCCACGGACUUCCAGAUAGAGGCUGCUAUCAGCAAAAUCUUUGCCUCGGAAGCAGCCUGGAAGGUGACUGAUGAGUGCAUCCAAGUCAUGGGGGGCAUGGGAUUCAUGAAGGAGACUGGGGUAGAGCGUGUACUCCGUGAUAUUCGCAUCUUCCGGAUCUUUGAGGGGACGAAUGACAUUCUCCGGCUGUUUGUGGCUCUGCAGGGCUGUAUGGACAAAGGAAAGGAGCUCUCUGGACUUGGCAGUGCUCUAAAGAAUCCUUUUGGGAAUGCUGGCCUCCUGCUUGGAGAGGCAGGCAAGCAGCUGAGGAGGCGGGCAGGACUGGGCAGUGGUCUGAGUCUCAGUGGGAUCGUCCAUGAGGAGCUGAAACGGAGUGGUGAGCUGACAGUGCAGGCCCUAGAGCAGUUUGCCACUGUGGUGGAGGCCAAGCUGAUAAAACACAAGAAGGGGAUUGUCAAUGAACAGUUUCUGCUGCAGCGUCUGGCGGAUGGGGCCAUUGACCUCUAUGCCAUGGUGGUAGUUCUCUCCAGGGCCUCAAGAUCCCUGAGUGAGGGCCACCCCACAGCCCAGCAUGAGAAAAUGCUCUGUGACAGCUGGUGUAUUGAGGCUGCAGCCCGGAUCCGGGAGAACAUGGCAGCUCUGCAGUCUGACCCCCAGCAACAGGAGCUAUUCCGGAACUUCAAAAGCAUCUCCACAGCCUUAGUGGAGAGGGGUGGCAUGGUCACCAGCAACCCACUUGGCUUCUGAGUACUCCUAGCCAAGGCCUGGCCUGGUUAUGUGCCUUUUCUCAAGCCAAAGCCAAGGCCCCUUCCCUGGGCAGCCUGGUUUACCCCGAAGUGGGCCUGGUGGUCCCAGAACUGUGCCUGUUCUCAGGAGCACUUACUGCCUCACAAAUAAUACAGUUUUUAACAAGU